GGCGCUGCUAACCCACACCUAAUGCUGCGUCCUGCCAUUUUCUAAUCCUGAUUGCAAUUGAGUAUUUCGCUGUGGCUCCUCACACAAAUCUUCCCCCUCUAACCUGCAUUGCAACUGCAAGUACUUGUAGCUAGGACUAGUCUACUAGUGCUGUUUCUUUUGUUGCGUCGCUCCACCACCACCACCACCACCUGCCCCCGGCCCUCGAAAAAGCUCAAGAAUUCGAGGACUCUUCCUCCUCUUGCUGCUUCCCCUCCUCCACGAUGCCCAUGCCAAGAUCCUUCCCCAAAUCCUAGCACAUGCGCAGCAAUUUGUUUUUUGCCCCAAAAGGAAGGAUUUCAUUUCAUUCCAUUCCAUGGUUUGGAUUUGCCAUCAACCAAAGGCAAAGCUUCUUCCUGUGAUCUUCUUGUACCUCGGCGAGCUGUGUGGCUGAUUAGUUGAUCCAGGCUGUAUAUCUGUCUGGGUCUCUGGGAUAAUAAUGAGCGGUGGCAAUUCUUCGUGGCUGAUGCCGCCGUCGCCGCCGGCGCCCGCGGCGUCGGCGCUCGACAACGUGGAGACCAAGAUAAGCCCCAGCAUCGUCCUCAUCGUGGCGAUCCUGGCGAUCGUCUUCUUCGUCUGCGGCCUGCUGCACCUGCUGGUGCGCCACCUGCUGCGUCUGCGCCGCCGCCGCCGCCGCGCGCGGGAGGACGCGGACAGCGUCACGGCGUUCCAGGGCCAGCUGCAGCAGCUCUUCCACCUGCACGACGCCGGCGUGGACCAGGCCUUCAUCGACGCGCUCCCGGUGUUCCUCUACCGCAACGUCGUCGGUGGCGCCGGGGAUGGGCACGGGGAGGGCAAGGACCCGUUCGACUGCGCCGUGUGCCUGUGCGAGUUCUCGCCCGACGACCAGCUCCGGCUGCUCCCCAAGUGCAGCCACGCGUUCCACCUCGAGUGCAUCGACACGUGGCUGCUGUCCCACUCCACCUGCCCACUCUGCCGCCGGAGCCUCCUCGCCGAGCUCUCGCCGACGUGCAGCCCCGUCGUGAUGGUGCUCGAGUCCGACAGCGCCCGCGACAUGGCCGCGUCGGCGGCUCGGGCAACCGACGACGCCGACGCCGAGCUAAGCGCCGGGGCCACGGUGCCGCAGGAGGGAGCGGAGGAGGUGGUCGAGGUGAAGCUGGGGAAGUUCAAGUGCGUCGAAGGCAACAGCGCCAACGCCAACGCCACCGCCGACGCGGCUGCGGACGGAGCAGGCACCAGCGGCGACGGCGAUGCCAGUGCCAAGGAAGGUCUCGGGCAGAGAAGGUGCCACUCCAUGGGGUCCUACGAGUACGUCAUGGACGACCGCGCCUCGCUCCGCGUAGCGAUCAAGCCGCCCAAGAAGAAACCGGCGGUGUCCAAGUCGCGCCUCCGCGGCGCCAUGUCGGAGUGCGAGUUCGGCGCGUCCAAGCGCGGGGAGACCUCUCUCCGCCUGCCAUUCCCAGCACCACCGCACAAGCACCAGCAGUGGGACGCGGCCACGGCGAAGCUCGCCAAGGACAGCUUCUCCGUGUCCAAGAUUUGGAUGGUACCGGCGUCCAAGAAGGACCCCGACGGGGCCGGCGAGAGGCGCGCGGUGUCGUUCCGGUGGCCCGUGAGCAGCAAGGACGAGGGAGAAGGCAAGGACAGGAAGAGCGGGAGCGAGGCCGACUGGGACGUGGAGGCCGGGAGCUGCGGCGGCAACAGCGCCGUGUCGUCACUGGCGGAGGAGAGGCCAUCCUUCGCGAGGAGGACCCUGCUCUGGGUCGUCGGAGGCCGGCAACAGAGCAGAGUCGGGAACUGUUCAUGAUCAGCGCACGAUUGUUUGAAUGAAGAGGAAAAAAAAAAGGCAAAGAAAUUCUUUUGUGCUCUUUUGGCAGAUUGGUGGUAGUGAGUAGUGAUUGCAAUAGCUAGAAAUUUGUAAAACCCAAAAGGUUCUGAAAAAUUCUUUCUUUCGCUUGUGCAUUCGGUUCCUGUCAGAACUCAGAAGCAACUGUCACUGGCGAGCAGCCAUGAACUGAACAAACAAACACUGAAAUCAGCUUCAGUUGCUAUCGA